CCUCACCCAGCCACUGGUUGGAGCUUGGCUUGGCGCUUGACUCAAUCCCUCACUUUUAAACUUUCCUAAAAAUUUCGAGCUCUCGAAUUUUGGCUUCACUCUCGCCGGAUAUCUCUCCAUCAAGCAGCAAUCACCACAUCCUCCCAAACAUGGCGGAUGUCGCAGAAGAGACCAAGCCGGUCGCCGCCGUUCAGGAAGACCAAGUCAAUGGCGAGAAGCUCGCACAGCCCGCUGGUGAUGAGGUGACGACAGGCGCUGAUGUCGAAGUCAAAGCGGAAUUGAAGGUGGACGCCGACAAGCAGACCGCAGAAGACGGCGCUCUUGACCCCAGCGGCGAUGCCGAAGCCACAACCAUCAAAGCAGAGGAGGCGGUCAAGACAGAAGGCUCCCAGUCCCCGGAGCAGAAGCGCAAAGAAGCUCCCGUGUCCCUCUCGGCUCAUGAGCGCCAUGAGUCCAAACGUCCGCGCCGCCCCAAUGCCAAAAUCAACUCGCGCUUCGAAGACCAGCCAGAGUCCAAUGACGCCGACGACAUUCGCCGCCAAGUGGAAUUCUACUUCUCCGACUCCAAUCUGCCCAUCGAUGCCUAUCUUCUCUCCCAGACCGGCGGGCACCGCAACCGCCCGGUCGAGCUCAAAGUCAUCCACAACUUCAAGCGCAUGAGACACUUCCAACCCUUCUCCGCCGUCCGCGAUGCUGUCAAGGCCUCCAACUUCCUCAUCCUCAACGACGACGAUGAAAUCACACGCAAGGUUCCUCUCAGCGAGAAAUUCACCGACGAUGCUGGCCGCAAUCGUUCGCUGGUCCAUUCUAGCAGCAUGCCGCGUUCGAUCUACGCCAAAGGCUUCGGUGACGAAGAGAAGAGCACGCACCUUGACAUCGAAGCCUUCUUCGCCCCCUACGGCCCCCUCAACAGCGUGCGCUUGCGACGUAGUGACGAUGGCCUAUUCAAGGGCAGUGUCUUUGUCGAGUUUGAGACCGAGGACUUGCAGCAGCAGUUCCUGUCCCUGGACCCCAAGCCGCAGUGGAAUGGCAAGGAUCUGGAGAUCAUGGGCAAGCAGGAAUACGUCGACAUGAAGCACCAAGGCAUCAUCGAUGGUGUCGUCAAACCCCGUACUUCCUACACCCCUCGCGGCGAGCAGAAAGGGCGUGGGAAUGGCCGUCGUUUUGAGGACAGGGAUGGACGCGGCGACCGCGACAGAGACAACUGGCGCGACAGGCGUGAUCGUGACCAACAGAACGAUAGGCGUGGCGGCCGCGGCGGCAGGGGCAGGGGCAGAGGUGGUCGCGGUGGCCGUGGCGGUCGAGGGAACAGAGACCGCACCCACAGACGCAGCGAUGCCAGUGACCGCGAAGAGAGAGAAGACCGUGUGCAUGCCGAGGAUCAGGUUGUCAAGACGGAACAGGAUACCGGCGCCGCCCCGACCGACACCAACGGCGAUGCGAGCAAGAAGCGCGGCCGGGAGGAUGCACAAGAGGGGUCCGGCGAGGCGAAGAAACCCAAGACGGAAGCGGACAGCGAGUCUUGAGGCGACUGCCUUCUUCAUGCAUUCAUCAGGCGUCCUACAGGCUGGAGUCCGGCGCCGAGCUAUGUUCUAUACCGAAGGCGCAUGUCAUUGAGUUUCGAGCGGUCUUGAGCAAUGAGGUUCGAUUGAGCAGUUUAUCACAGAGGGAAGGGGAGGCUUUGCGGAUCGAUUUCCUACGGCAGGCUUGGCCAUGAGCUGAUCAAUAGUGCUUGAGUUUCAAUUUCUACCAC